UAUACUGAACCACGUAUGCCUUCGUCCAAAUGGUGAUAAAUUAAUAUUAUAGCCAAAGGCUUUUUAAAUAACAUGCCAGCACAAUCGUAUAGAGCGUAAUUUACACAAAAUGUAUAUGCGGCGGGUACAUAAUGUUGUAAUGCAGUUGCUUAACGAUAGUUUAUUUCUUUUAUAAGUUUAAGUACUAUUAUAUUUAUAUAUAUAUAUAUAAUACACUCUGUACACGUAUUAUUUUGAUAAUUUAAAAUUGCAGAAACCACAGUAUACUUUUGGACUUUGGUAUAAUGAAGUUGCAAUGGUUAAUGCGCGUCUUCGCAUUUUUCGCAUUCGUAUUGCUAGUGAUGUCUAUGAUUCGGAGAUUUAAAUGGAACCAACAUAACUCUGUCAUUGAAUCUAACAACCAAAGACUAUCCAAAUGUAUACAGACCCUACAAAACCUGCGGUUGGCCAAUGUCAAAUUGAACGCUGAAUUGGACGACUUGAAUAAAAAAAUAAGAAACCAGCAAAGAAUAAAGGAAUUAAAGGACAGUGAACCGAUCACCCCAUCUAAAGAAUAUGAGGUUCUACGACGCCGCAUAUAUUCAAACACUAAAGAAUAUUGGUACUACGUCAAUUCUAGAUUAGAAUCAUUGAACAAAUCGAUGAUUGGCGUAAAACGUAUUCAUAAAAUUAAAAAUAUUGUCGGCGAACACUUUAGAUCUUUAUUGAAAGACAUUUCUGGACUGGCUGAAGUCGACAACUAUUCGAAGUGGAGACAACAGGAAUCAGAAAGUUUAAGUAUUUUAGUUCAAAGCCGAUUAGAAGAAAUACAAAACCCACCCAAUUGGUUCACAGCAAGACAGCUAGUGUGUAAAAUGGAAAAGCUUUGUGGGUUUGGUUGUCAAUUACACCACAUUGUUUAUUGUUUUAUCGUCGCGUACAGUACUCAAAGAAUGGUAGUUUUGGACUAUUAUAAAUAUUGGAGGUAUGGUGAUGUAUGGCCAAAUAUUUUCCUUCCAUUAGGAGAAACGUCUACUUCAUUAAAAAACAUAUCAGUUGUUGAAUGGCCAGGCAAUCAAAACUCUCAAAUAGUUCAUUUACCUCCAAUUGACUCAAUUCACCCAAAACCUUAUUUUCUACCACAAAUGAUACCCGCUGACUUGGCUCCUCGGUUAACUGUCUUGCAUGGAGAUCCUAUUGUCUGGUGGAUAGGUCAGAUUCUCAAAUACAUGCUCCGACCUCAAUUAUCAACUAUUCAUAUUUUAGAUGAUUACGCAAAUAAACUCAAAUUCCAAAAACCUAUCGUCGGAGUACACAUUAGAAGAACAGACAAAAUCAAUACUGAAGCUAGCUUACAUACGCUAGAUGAAUAUAUGGUUCACGUCGAAGAAUAUUAUAAACAAAAAGAGCUAAGUGGUAAUGUUAGCCGGAAAAGAAUUUAUUUAGCUACAGACGAGCAAACUUUAUUUGAUGAGGCCAAACGCAAUUAUCCUGAGUACGAAAUAAUCGGUUCUGAUGACAUAUCUAAAACAGCGUCCGUGAAUAACCGAAAUUCUAAAGAAGCUUUAAUUGGUAUAAUUGUUGACAUACAUUUUUUAUCCCUCAGUGACCACUUAGUAUGUACUUUUUCGUCACAGUUGUGUCGCGUAGCUUAUGAGAUAAUGAACAGUCUCUAUCCCGAUGCAUCAAGUCGGUUCACGUCAUUAGACGACAUUUAUUAUUUUGGUGGUCAAGCACAUAGAAUAAACGAAGUCGUGUUACCACAUAAGGCCGAUGGACCGGACGAAAUAGAUCUGCAAGUAGAAGAUCAGAUUUUCGUAGAUGGAAAUCAUUGGAAUGGUUAUUCUAAAGGCAAAAAUUUAAGAACGGGAUUACUAGGCCUUUAUCCUACAUUUAAAGUCAUUCCGAAAAUCGAAACAGCAACAAUUACAGAUACUGAAACAAUAAUAUCACAAGAUGGUAAAAAUAAAAAUAAUUAAAUGCAUUCAACUGCACCGGUACCUAUAAAGGUAAUUUUAACUAAUACUGUAUGUGCUAUUUCAUCUCAUGGUGUAACAUUUUUUUUUAAUAAAUAUGAAUCCUUCCGUAUAUAAUAUAACUAUAAUCACUAAAAGUCAUAAAUGUUUUUCAAAGAUCCUAUAUUCCUAUCGCAUUUUAUUAGAAAUGCUAAAAUCGGCCAAAACAAAAGAUGAACAUUAAUACAUUAUUAUUUAAUAUUUUCUGAAUUACAGAAAUAUUAUAGUUAUUUAUAGUAUAGCACAGAUGAGGAUAGAAUAAAAGUGAUUUCUGAUCCAAAAUCUACCCUCUUGCAUGCACAAAUACAAUACCUAAUAAAUGGUAGUCCUCAUAGACGUCUGAAAUAGAAGUGCAAUCGUGAUGUUUUACAAGAUAAACUAUAGAUGUACCAGAUAAAUGUAAAAAUGAAGUAUCGUUAAUGGGUUGCUGUUUUCAAAAAAAUUAUUUUUUUGUCUUUAUACAUUUAGCCUAUAUUUUAGAUUCUGAGCUAAGCGAUGAAUGUAUUGAUUUUACAAUGAUGUGUGUUUUUUUUUUGUUUCGGUCAUCAAUCAUCACCUUUUAAAACAGUAAAAGUAGGAAAGUGAAUCUAGUUGGUACUUUGAGGAGUCAAAAGUAAAAAUGUCCUAGUAGUUUUCGAAAGCACCGUGAAAAACAAAAGAAAAAUGAAGGAAAAAACGGGAAUUUUUACGCAAAAUUGGUUUUCGACAAAAUUUGAUUGUUGGCGUAACUCCUCAAUAAAUGACCGUAGAUACAUGACAUUUUGACUGAACAUUUAUAUUAUUAUAUUAGCAUUUGCAAUACACCAUGAAAUAUUCAAAAUAUUUUGACUUAUUUUGAGCAGUUUACUUACAAUUUAAAUUUUUUUAGUAAAAAGAAUUGUUUGAUAAACUAUCAUAGAUUGUCGUACACAAAUAAACGAAUCAAUAAUAUAACACUAACUCUAACAAUGGUGGUCAGUGGUAAUCUAUUCAUAGUUCAUACGAUCACCACCCACUGACCCUCUUUCUGUCUUCACAUAUUCUUUAUAUAUUAUACAUUUUACAAUCGAAGAACUAUCGGUAAUAUCGAUAUUAUGUUUAACCUAGUUACCUACAUUGUACUUAUUGAAUAUGCUUAAAAUUAUACUAAUUGUUAUUUUAUUAUAUAAUUGUUAUCUUAACCUAAUUGUGUAGAAUGCAUGUUUCUACGUUGUUACUAUGUAUAGCUUAUUGAAUAUUGUAUAAUUUGUUUUGGAAUUUUACCUGUCACAUAUGAUUGUUUUCUUAACCUUGUUAAUAUUUUUAGUUUUAAUAUAUUUUAUAUAUUAUGCAUGAUACAACACAACCCCAAUGUAACAUAAAAUAUGUCCUCAUAUUUUAAAAUAAUUAUUUCAGUCAAGAAUGACAUUUAAAUGAUAUGGUCAUAUGGAUUUUGUAUAUAAAAUUAAAUUGAAGUUGAUGAUGU